AUGCGUCUUACAGUGCGGGGGGUGCGAUGGCUGCGACGAGGGGCGGAGAUGGUGGAGGAGGUGGGAGGAGGGAAGGGCAGAGGCUUCCUGGCGAGAACUCGCAUCGAGGAGGGCGAGCUCAUGCUCAAGGAGCAGCCCAUCCGUGGGAGGUCCCUAGAGGAGCUUGCGAGACAAGUCAUGGAGGAUCCGAAGCUGGUGCGGGUGCUGCAUGCGCCGUUAAAGUACGAGAGGAAGGAGGUGCCCAAGGAUCUCCGUCAGCGUAUCGACGAGGAGGGAUGGUCAAGGAUCGUCGCACAGUCAAGCCUGAACGGGUUUAGGAACGCGCGAGGAGACUGCGUACUAGCAAGGGACGCCAGCGCCUUCAACCAUUCAUGCAAGCCGAACGCGGCCAUCUACCCCUGCCCAACUAGCGACGACGUUCAGGUCCGAGCGCUGAGGCAGAUCAGGACGGGGCAGGAGAUCGCCAUAUGCUACGACUCGACCUUGUACGCGCUGCCCAAGGCGAUGAGGAGGCAGGAGCUGCUGCACAGGUGGGGGUUCGAGUGCGACUGCCCUCGUUGCCUCGAUCAGGAGGACAAGGUCGACAAGAUGCUGGAGGCGAUGAAGGGAGGAGGGAGUCAGGGCCCCGAGGGCGCGACGAGGCUGGUAGACCUCGAGCUCGGCGUCUCUCACUUCUGCAUCCUCGCCGACGAGCUUUGCGACCGCGAGUCUCCUCCCCUCGACGAGCUCCGAAGCCUCGCAGGCCGCGGGGAGAAGCUGCUGGCAGAGCUGGACGGGGAGGUGGCGAUGACCCACUGGCUGAUGCUGCUCAUGAUACACAAGUACUCCCUCCUCCUCUGGCACCUCCUUCAACGCUCCUCCCUCGGCACGGAAGGGUUCGAUCCCGACCUCGGCAACGAGCUCUCUCCCCUAGAGGCGAAGCUCCGCAGUAUCCUCCGUCUCGGCAUGGCAGCCGAGCGGCAGGUGUUCCCCUCCCUCCAUCCUCGCCGCCUCCUCCUGUACAGCAUGUGGGACACCCUGCCGGAUCUCGGAGAGACGUGGAAGACGACGGGAGUCCUGGACGACUUGGAGGCAGCGAACAGACUGUGGAACGAGCGCGAGGAGUGA